AUGCAAUAUUAUACUCAUUGGAACGAUUGGUUUUAUCAAGAGACCAACGGAGCGGUGGACCCUACCGGCGCCGCAGCACGCCGGCGCAGGCCCAGGGAUCGACGCCGCCCCCCGCCCGCGCCGCCGACGCCGUCGACGCCGCAAAGGAUCUCCACUGAGGAGUUAGUGGAAGCCCUGCGCCCGCAUCUGCUCUCGCCGAAGCGGAUGUGGGCUUUGGGCUACCCCCUGGAACUCGAGCCCACCUCUUCGAAGGCCGUGGUCUAUAUAAACCCACCGCCUCGACGACCUCUUCAAUUUACUUCUUUCGAUGUCAACGCACCGGAAUUCGUACCCGGUGGUUCUCAGAGUGAUAGUGGACGAGGAUCGUGGGGAAGCACUCCACGGUCCGACAGUGACGAAGAAGCGGAUGCAGUGGAACAUUUGUGUGUUCGUUGUGACAAAAUGUUUAGAAUGACUAGGGAAGGUGAAUAUGUGGUCGAGGAGACGUGCAGCUAUCAUUGGGGGCGCAUCAGCAGCAACUCCCGGCACACGUGCUGCGAGGCCCCGCUCGGAUCCAGGGGAUGCAGCACAUCUCGUUUUCACGUUUGGAGCGGUACCAAGCCUGGUAUGAACGGGCCUCUCGAAGGUUAUGUGCGUGCACGAUCACCCCGCGGCGGUGUUUACGCCAUCGACACGGAGAUGUGUUAUACAACAGCGGGUCUCGAACUGGCCAGCGUGGCCGUGAUCGCAGCCGACGGCCGCCUCGUAUACAGGUCGCUGGUGAAACCUGGCUCACCUGUCGUCGACCACAACACACGCUUCUCAGGCAUCAGGCCGCGCGACUUGGCGCGCGCGACCAAGACGCUGAAAGAUGUUCAGAACGAUAUAUUAGGAUUCAUCGGAAGCGAUACCAUAUUGGUGGGACAUGCUUUGGAAAACGAUUUGAGAUCUUUGAAGCUGUUACAUAGCGCCGUCGUGGAUACGUCUGCACUAUAUCCACAUUCACGAGGAUUUCCAUUGAGACGUUCUCUUCGGGCUCUCUCCGAGGAAUUGCUUGGACGCAGCGUACAGAGGAGCAGCUCCGGCCACUCGCCUCUAGAGGACGCCCGGGCUGCCAUGGAUCUCGUCCUACUCAAGGUUCACAAAGAACGCGCACAACGAGCCCGUAUCUCAAAUCAGUUGCCUAUUCUGCAACCGUACGAACCCUUAAUUAGUUCCGCCUAA